CGAAUAUAACAUCGCGAGACUUCCGUAACACCAACCCCUUGUUAACGUUGCUUUGGAUUUCCAUGAGUUGUUGUCGUCGUUACAGUAUCUGCAAGGUUUUUAUCCAGGUACUUCAUUUGUAAUUAGGAAACCACAACGGACGCGUUUUGCUGUUUGUGUUUUCUGGACUAGCCAAAAUAGCUUAGCAUUGUGCUUAGCACUUGUCAUGUUACAGCGAAACUACUUCUAUUCAGAUGUAAUGGUGUUUUAGCGUGAGUCCGUUUUAAAAUGCCAGCCUCCUCUGUAUCACGAGCUGUUCGUGGCGGACAGUGAUGUUUAGACUGGCCGCGCUUUUCAGUGUGGUUCGCAGAACUGUGUGCAGCUCGGCCGACGACAUGGCUAAAGGCAAGUUUUUCUACGCAGUGAGGAAAGGAUUCAAACCGGGCGUCUACAGCUCAUGGGAUGAAUGUAAAGCACAGGUGGACAAAUUUCCAUCCGCCAUUUUCAAGAAAUUUGCCUCAGAGAAAGAUGCCUGGGCAUUUUUCAGAGGAGUCCAACUUUGUGCUCCUCCAGAGCCAAAGCCCACAGCUCUGAGUGAUGCGUCGGACUUCACUCUUCUUCCUAAAAGAGGCCCAGAGCCUCUGGAAUACAUCCCUCUGGGUAAGAAAAGAUGUCACUCAAAAGACGAGUCCGAGUCCACGCCCAAACGGGUCAAACCCUCAGGAAGCUCACCUGCAGAAAGCACGGCUGGAUUCACAUACAUGGGCGACGCCGUGGUCGUUUACACUGAUGGCUGCUGCUCAGCCAAUGGGAAGACCAACGCACGGGCCGGCAUCGGCGUGUACUGGGGCCACAACCACCCACUAAAUGUUUCAGAGCGACUGCAGGGAAGACAAACCAACCAGCGAGCAGAGAUACAGGCCGCCUGUAAAGCACUGGAACAAGCCAAGGAAGAGAACAUCAAAAAGCUGGUUGUUUACACCGACAGCAAAUUUACAAUUAAUGGUGUGACGACCUGGGUAAAGAACUGGAAGCUCAACGGUUGGAGGCUGAAGUCAGGAGGUCAGAUCACCAACAAAGAAGACUUUGUGAAGCUGGACAGGCUCAAUGCCGAACUGGAGGUGGUCUGGCUGCACAUCCCAGGUCACGCUGGCUACAAAGGCAACGAGGAAGCCGACAGACUGUCGAGAGAAGGAGCAGCGAAGCCUUCACAGCCUGACUGUGACUAGAGUAAAGACUGUUUAUCUGGUUCAUCAGCAGCUUGGAUUUUCUCACUGCACCUUUUUUUUUUUUUAAGAACUGAAAACCUGGAGAAGAAAGUUCAUCGUCCAUUUUUCUGUUGAACGUCUUAAGAUUUUUUUGCUGUAAAUAAAGUUUUAAGUUACAUAUUUAA